AUGUUAGAUGGGAUUUCUAAUCAAUGGGAUAUCCAGGAUAUGCCCGAAACACCGGGGCCUAUCCGAGCGAGGGUGAACAAUCUUCACAAUCAAGUGACAGAAUUGGUCCGGAAAGAGCAUGCCGCAAGUAGAAAACACCGUUCAGAGAUGUCCUCUUUGGAGUCCACUCUGGCGGAUGUCAAGUCGAAACUUCUGACAACUCAAAAGGAACUCGCGAGGUGUAAGAGUGAAGGUGACGUGAUGAGAGACGAGCUCAACGCUCAUUCCCUGGUCCAACAGCGAAAAGCAUGUCUCGCCCUUGCGGAGGAACAAAUGCGAGUUGUCGAACUUGAACAACGGCUCAAUCAAGCUGAACAAGCCCGAGUCAUGAGGGACCACAAACUAACCUUGUUCAAGGCGCGAGAAGAAGAUGCUGCUGCGUUACUGGCAGAACGAAAUGCCGAGAUGGAAGAAGUAGAGGCUGCACUAGCACGUGCUAAUACGUCGUUAGCCCACCAGCGUGCCGGGGACAAAAAGUCUGCGACAGAGAUGACGAUGCUUUUGGAACAAUUGAAGAAUUCCGAAAAUAUGAUACGGGGUGUGAGAGAGAGGGAGAAAGAGGCUCGUGAUGAGCUUGAUAAUUGGUUACGGGAAGAAAAGGACAAGGAGGGAAGCACGGACAAGGAGAGAAGAGACUUGCAACUUCAACUGCGCAAAGCGCAGACGGAGCUACAAAGGAAAGCCGAGGAAGUUCAGGACGUUCAAGAUGAGCUGGCUACUCUGAGGGAGAGUGCGAGAGAGAGGGAAAAAGCUCUUAAGACCAAGUUGAAAGAAGCAUUGGAAGAGAAAGCCAGAUUGGCAGGUGUCGAAGAAGAAUUGGAAGCUCUUAGAGCUACCACGUCUGCUCCGCCUCCGAGGAAACCAAAAGCUCCAAGACUGGAAGUCAGUGAGAGUGUUCCGCCAGAGGAUCAACCCGCUCCUGUGUCUCGUCGGGGAAGUCCAAGAAAACCGACAGCCAAAUCUCAUCCGGCUAAGUCGAAAAGUCUGAAUACAAACACGGCCGAUGAGCAUUCAGACGGAGAGGUUAUACCUCCCAAGAAGUCUCGUCAACCAGUGCCAUCCGUCCAAUCCGACUCUGAAGACUAUGCGGAGGCUAGAGCCAAGAAACCUACCACCACCAAGAAGGCCAAGGAGAUCAAAGCGCCCUUGACGGAGACUGCAGACAGCGUAGCAAAUAAACGAAAGUCUGCCAGUCCCAUCAAGAAUAAAGAAAAGGAAAAGGAGAAGGAAGCGGAAAAGGAGAUUGGGAAGGGAGCCGCUGAACCGGAAAAGAAAAAGAAACGCAAGUUAUUUGCUUCACAGCCUGCCUUUGCUUGGGACAGUGUGAUGAGCAGCGGAGAUGGGAUCAUACCGGGUGCUUUGUCACCUAUCAAACCUCCCACAGGAAAGACAGGUACCAUUCCUCGUCUUGGUUUCCCAAGUCUACCGAGUAGCCGUCUCAAUCGGAUUUAG